AUGGAGGGUGUAAAAUACACAGUGGGGAAGUUUCCACUGGCUGCCAACAGCCGCUCCAAGUGUAAUAAUGACACAGAUGGGUUUGUCAAGGUUUUCGGAGACAAAGAGACAGAUAGGUUAUUGGGAUGUCAUAUAAUUGCUUCUGUUGCUGGUAAAUUAAUCAAUGAAGCAGUGUUAGCUAUGGAGUAUGGAGCAUUUUGUGAAGAUGUCGCCAGGGUCUGUCACGCUCACCCUACGGUUGCUGAAGCACUACGAGAGGCCCACCUAGCAGCUUACUGUGGGAAACCCAUCAACAUUUAAACAUACUUGGAAUGUAAUUUUAACCUCCAGUAAAUGCUGCAGUGACUUUAUAUAAGAGAUUGAAACAGCAUAAUGAGGGAGUUGUCAAAAUUUCGGGAUUUGGUGUAGCUUUGAGAUGUGUGGAAGAUUUGACACAGUUGAAUAGUGAUUUGGGAUUACUUUUUAUCUGUCACUGCUUCAUUUAUAAUGUAUGGUAGGAUACAAGGCAAAAGCAACACACGGAGAGAGAAACAUGGAAAUACAAUAAGACUGUCGUGGUAUGACAAAACGAUAUUUGAUAAGCUCCACAUAAAAAAUGUACCUGGCUUGUAUAACACAAAGAUCCAGAAUUGUGACAUUCUUUCUCGUUUCUAAUAAAUGUUUAAAAAGGCGGAACAUUCAAAUAAUUUGCAUAAGAAAAUGUCAAUCUCCCUAUUCAUCAGCUUUAUAUCUCAAGUUCUGCUUGAGAAUCAGUUAUUGGUUUUUGUAAUGGUAUUAGUUCACUAAAAGAAGGUGAAAUACACUCCUUAAG